GUGCACUACAAUGUUGGCAAAAACCUGGCUGACAAAGGAAAUCAAAGUGCUGCAAUCAAAUACUACAGAGAAGCUGUAAGGUUGAAUCCUAAAUAUGUACAUGCCAUGAACAACCUUGGAAAUAUUCUGAAAGAAAGAAAUGAGCUCCAAGAAGCAGAGGAGUUGCUGUCCUUAGCUGUACAAAUACAACCUGAUUUUGCUGCUGCAUGGAUGAAUCUAGGAAUAGUACAGAACAGUUUAAGAAGGUUUGAAGAGGCAGAGCAAAGCUACUGGACGGCAAUUAAACACAGGAAAAAAUAUCCAGAUUGUUACUACAAUUUAGGGCGGUUGUAUGCAGAUUUGAAUCGGCAUGUAGAUGCAUUGAAUGCAUGGAGGAAUGCUACAGUUCUGAAACCAGAGCAUAGUUUGGCUUGGAACAAUAUGAUUAUAUUGCUUGAUAAUACAGGCAAUCUAGCUCAAGCAGAAGCAGUUGGAAGAGAGGCCCUGGAAUUAAUACCUAAUGAUCAUUCCCUUAUGUUUUCAUUGGCAAAUGUACUGGGGAAAUCGCAAAAAUAUAAGGAAUCUGAAGCUUUGUUCCUCAAGGCAAUUAAAGCCAAUCCAAAUGCUGCCAGUUAUCAUGGUAAUUUGGCUGUGCUUUAUCAUCGCUGGGGAAAUCUUGACUUAGCAAAGAAGCACUAUGAAGUCUCUCUGAAGCUUGAUCCUAUGGCACCCGGGACCAAGGAAAACUACAACCUCUUAAGAAGAAAACUGGAGCAAUUGCAAAAGAAAGGCGGUGCCUGA